AGGAGCAGGGAGGGGACAGUCAGGAUGGUGAGGAGAAGCCGGAGACAGAAGCUGCAAAACUUGACCAGGCUGUGCAUACAGGAAGAGGGGCUCAGGGUGAAGCGUAGCUGCCCCUCAGGUGGUUUGGAGGCUGGGAAUGAAAAGGAGGGAGGGAACCCUAUUUCUGUCCAGCUGUUCCCCCCAGAGCUGGUGGAGCACAUCGCCUCCUUCCUCCCGGUCAAAGAUGUGGUCGCCCUAGGCCAAACCUGCCACUACUUCCAUGAAGUGUGUGAUGCUGAGGGCGUGUGGAGACGCAUCUGUCGCAGGCUCAGUCCAUGCGUCCGUGACCAUGGCUGUGGUGCCCGGCCCUGGAAGAGAGCUGCCAUUCUUAACUAUACAAAGGGCCUGUACUUCCAGGCAUUCGGAGGACGCCGCCGAUGUCUCAGCAAGAGUGUGGCCCCCAUGCUAGCCCAUGGCUACCGCCGCUUCUUACCCACAAAGGACCAUGUGUUCAUUCUCGACUAUAUGGGGACCCUCUUCUUCCUCAAAAAUGCUCUGGUCUCUUCCACCCUUGGCCAGAUCCAGUGGAAGCGGGCCUGCCGCUAUGUGGUGUUGUGUCGAGGCGCUAAGGAUUUCGCCUCCGACCCAAGAUGUGACACAGUUUACCGUAAAUACCUCUACGUCUUGGCCACUCGGGAGCAGCCAGCAGUGGUGGGCACCACUGGCAGCCAGACCUGUGACUGUGUGGAGGUCUAUCUGCAGUCCAGUGGGCAGCGGGUCUUCAAGAUGACCUUUCACCAUUCCAUGAGCUUCAAGCAGAUCGUGCUGGUUGGCCAGGAGACCCAGCGGGCUCUGCUGCUCCUCACAGAGGAAGGAAAGAUCUACUCCUUGGUAGUGAAUGAGACCCAACUGGACCAGCCACGCUCCUACACGGUACAGUUGGCCCUCAGAAAGAUGUCUCGAUGCCUGCCUCACCUUCGUGUGGCCUGCAUGGCUUCCAACCAGAGCAGCACUCUCUAUAUCACGGACCAGGGGGAAGUGUAUUUUGAGGUGCAUACCCCAGGGGUGUAUCGUGAUCUCUUUGGGACCCUUCAAGCCUUUGACCCUCUGGACCACCAGAUGCCGCUUGCUCUCUCCCUGCCUGCCAAGGUCCUAUUCUGUGCUCUUGGCUACAACCAUCUUGGCCUGGUGGAUGAGUUUGGCCGGAUCUUUAUGCAGGGAAAUAACAGAUAUGGGCAGUUGGGAACAGGAGACAAAAUGGACCGAGGGGAACCCACACAGGUUCAUUAUCUACGCCGUCCCACCGCCCUGUGGUGUGGCCUCAACCAUUCCUUGGUGCUGAGUCAGACCUCGAAUUUCAGCAAGGAGCUGCUGGGGUGCGGCUGUGGGGCCGGAGGCCGCCUUCCUGGCUGGCCUAAGGGGAGUGCCUCCUUCGUCAAGCUGCACAUCAAGGUCCCCUUGUGUGCCUGCUCCCUCUGCUCCACCAGAGAGUGCCUCUAUAUGCUGUCCAGCCACGACAUCGAACACUGUCCAGUCUAUCGAGACCUGCCAGCCAGCAGGGUAGGGGGAAGCCCUGAACCUAGCCAGGGGACUGGAGCCUUCCAAGACCCCAGGGGGACAGCCCAGGCCUGUGAGGAGUACCUCAGCCAGAUCCACAGUUGCCUCACGCUGCAGGACCGAAUGGCGAAGAUGAAAGAGAUUGUGGGUUGGAUGCCUUUGAUGGCCGCUCAGAAAGAUUUCUUCUGGGAGGCACUGGACAUGCUGCAGAGGGCUGCUACUGGGAGUAGCCCAGGCACCUCAAACCCUGAGAGCUGA